AUGGAUUUGAAAAUGCCUUUUUCCGAAUGGCUGCAUGGUCUCUACAUAGGGUGCAGCGAUGAAGCAUCUAAGAAGAAUCCAAGCAACGCAUCGAGCCCAUGGGACAGACAUAAUGCCAAUCUAAAUGGAGCCAAUACAGAUUUAGAUGACAGUGAAGCGAUAUUAGCCAUGGAAGAGCAGUUAGCAAACUUACAAGAAUCUGAUCUUGCGUGGAAUACGAAAGAAGUUGAUGGCAGUAACUGCGAAAUGUAUCAAGAGUCUGAUCAUGCCGCAUGCAAUCUUGAACGAGAGCUGAUUGGUAAAAAUUACGUUCCCAGUUAA